AUGGAAAAAGAUCGCUUAGCCCCAUCCCUGGAGAACACAUUCCGGUGCGACGGGGGCCACUACGAGGAGGUGAAAGCUUUGUGGACAAAGCUUGCUCUGCAGCGCCGAGGGCAUGUCAACGGCACGUCUGGCUUGCCUGACGUGCCGCCCAUUUCUCGGGCAACUCUUCAGCAAUGGAAGCAGUACCUUCUUUUCUGCCGCUGGGCCGUUGCGCGCCAGCUGGACUGGCGGGAAGUCUUCUCAUAUCUCGACGACGCACCGGAAGCAGCGGGUCUGUCAUCUCCAGCUUCGCACUAUGUGACAAGCUCAAUAGUGACACCGCCAAAUAAGGUGUUUCCUGGGGAUGAAUGCAGCUACAAGGAUAUUAGUGUAAAACGUACAUCGCUGGUUCAAGGGAAUAGGUGCCAGGCGAACACAUUCACGAUGCGCGAUUUGGUAAGCAACUAUACCAAACGCUUCGGCACAUAUCCAUUACGCCUCCAUCAGCAACGUCUCUUGCGGUGGACUAAUAUGUUGACACAGUGCAUCGCAUGGCGUCUCUCUGACGCCUCAGUAAAAGGUGUGUGCGUGCCGAAAAGGGAAUUGCAAUGGUAUCGUCUUAUUUUUGCCGCCAGGGCGCGAGAAGUCGCCGGCGCGGCGUUUCCUUUGCGUGCACUACUUGCACUAUUGGAGGCUGAAGAGAACAAGGAGACGUGCGCCUCUUCGCAGACGGAGCGGGGACGUCUAGGGAGCCUUCCCUUGGCAGAGACUACCGUGCUAAACUUGACGCUUACCAUUUCGUUUAGCCCCUCACCUUUUGCUGGUGGCUCACUGGCACAAUAUGUUCCCGCACUGGCGGUGCGAAGUCUAGAGGCGUUGUGGGCGGACCAGCUGCAGAUACCGUGGGACAUGGUGGAUCCGAAGAGUAUGCCAGAGAAAGUGCGCCAGAAUUUAGUGGCGUCCUUGAAUGGUGAAGAAGAUAGCAAUAACGUGCUGCCGGCACCGAGGAAUGCCGAUUUCAAGUUGCACUGUGCCACACUGAAGGCUUUAAUCGAGGGUGUUGAUGACGCGGACGGGAUGAAGACAAAGAAUCCUUUCUUGGGGCAAAUGUUUGCCGCCCCAACACCGCUUCAAAUGGCUUCGCUUCAUCAGCUUCCUAUUCUCACACGUGUGCUGGAGACUGCAGGGUACGUGUUGCUUACUAAGAUUCGUUGCUUCUGUAUAGAAAAGAGCUACUACGUCCUUCCUUUCCUUGCAGACUUCCUCGCUGCGGCGAUCCAAGUAAAGAAGGCACUGUCGCCAUACCCUGAGGCUCCUAGUGGUUCACCAGUUGCGAGUAGCGCAAUGAUAGAAAUGUUGCUCCAGGCUAUAAUGAAAAGCAUAGAGUGUUUGUAUGCCAGACAUGUGGACAAUUGCUUGAGCAAAUAUGUAAAAAAGAUGUCGAAACGUGUUUUUGAGGUUCGUGGGAGCGCCGCAACUGUGGCGGUGUCGCAGCCAAUGUUUUACCUCCUGGAAAGUGUGGUGGAGCCAACGUUUGAAGUGCUCCUUUUGUUGAGCCAGAACGAUUCCUUGGGGGAGGAUCAAGGCUUUGCUUGCUUUAUUAUUCGUACGUUGAAGGCAGUGCUGGGGGCGAAAAUGGACGAGGUGGAGAAAAGCAGCAAGACCGGUUCACGUGCUCAGCCGCAGUGUUGUGCCGAUCGCAAGGUGCUGAUGAACUAUAUCGACGCGCAUCCCUUUUCUCUGCAGCUUCGCGCUGCUGUGCUAUAA